AUGCCAGGCUUCCUGGUGCACGGACCUCCGGUGAAGCUGUGCAUGGGCCUCGCAUGUGUCCUGUCUGUUUGGAACACUGUGUCUGCUGUUAAAGGAGAAGCCAAAGAGGAAAAGGUCAUGACCUUCCUACCUACGACAGUGUCUGACCUCGGAGGAGCGGAGAGGAAGGAAAAGGGGGUGGCGUUUCUGGACACCACAGAGCUGCCUGCAAGGUCGGUGGAUCUGUCCGAACUUAACCUGACAGAACUGGUGAAUGGGAUGCUGGGCAGAGCUUUGAAAGGUAGCAAGCAAUUCCUCUCCUUGCUGAGCAUUACUUCCUACAGUUCCUUCGCCUUCCACAAGUUUUCUGUGGCCGUUUACAACAUUUCCAACCUGAAGACCGUGGACCCAACGAAAUUCCCCACGCGGUACUGCUACUGUUUGAGCAACCGGACCAAUGGCUUAUCAGAUUUCACAGCCCUGCUAGUGGAUGUCAUCGGAAAUUCUACCAGCUACCUCACAGAGAUUUUUAAGUCCACCUCCAUCCUCUCAGUGAGUCAAACGAACGCAUCCGACUGCAUCUUCAUCUGUGUGAUGACGGGAAAGUCAGGAAGGAACCUUUCUGAUUUCUGGGAGAUGGCAGAGAAAUCUCCUGUUAUCAAUUACACGUUUACCAGCAGCCUGUCUGGCGUUCUGGCUACCAGGAAGGUGUCCGGAACUCCAUGGGUGACAGCCAAUGGGCAGGCCUGGGCUCCCACAUCGCCUGUGCACAGGGCUCAGACCGUCAGUGAAAAAACACCAGCCGGAUCCCCGUGGGAAAAGCUGUCCUCUACGAGGACAUCAGCUGCUGAGGCCGAGGAGGCCGUGACCACGCGGGGCCCUGCCAGGCCUCCUGCUAGGACAGUGGCCACCCGUGACAGCCCGUCCCAGACCAGCCCAGCCACAGGAACAGUCACCCCGGGCACACAGACUCCGAGUCCAACCAAGGCGCCGGCCCCCAAAUAUCCACAGACAGGUGGUGUCUCUGCAGCGUGGCCAUUUACCCCUGGAGAAGAGCCAGCCCUGGACCCAGGACCCCACCAAGUUCAAGUUUCAAGGUGUCCUCAGUGGUUCCUCAAAGAGGGGGCCAUGCCGGCAGCUCCUCUCACCCCGGCCUUCCAGAAGCUCAGCCCUUGCCUGAUGGAGCUAUGCCGCUUUUUCCAGCAAUGCCUCUGCCCGAGUCAGAGGAGGGACCCCAGGAUGGAGGCCACGAGGUCCUGUCUUGAAUACUAUUCCUGGUUUCUGAAGAAUGCGACAUACAUCUGUUGGAAGGCGAAGAGGGUGUCACACUCACACACCUUGAAACAAAGAUGCCUUGAGAACAUAUGCAAGUCUGUGUGA